AUGAAGUUUGCUAAAGAACUCGAACAAGACCUUGUCCCAGAAUGGAGAGUCAAGUAUUUAAACUACAAGGCCGGCAAGAAGUACGUCAAGGCAACAUCCAAAGCCAUCAAUAAAGCCAAUGGAACACCAGGUGUAGGGAAACGCGGUGAAAUACCACGUGAAGAAGCAACCUCUAGGCCAGGUCAAUUCUCCCGUCAACAACAUGACGACCCCCAGCUUACUACAGCUGAUGAAGUUGAAUCCCUGAGAGCAAGCCCCGCACCUAUGGGACGUGGAAUUAGGGGAUCCCACGACAUAUCAGGGGCUCGAGCAACACCUAUUCCAGCUCCCACAGAGCGUCAAGCGCUGUCGACAUCGCCCGGCAAUGAAUUGCGGUAUGGAAGCUUCGUGCCGACGCCGCCCCCGCCUUCAAUUGCUGAGAGCUGGAACUUGUUCGAAUUGCCUGCUCCUGCUUUAGGCGAACCUGCAAUUCCAACCGAGCCACCCCCUAGUAGGCCUACAGAUGCGCUUCAAAAGUCCACAAGCCGACAUUCUGUUAAGCGCAGCAUGUCCAUGGGUUUAGUCCCAUCCAGAAGCGGUCCUCAAUCGGCCACCUUUCCCCGUCCUAGUCCAAUGUCUCAGUUUACUGGACCACCUGGCCGACUCCGGCGUAUCUUCUCGGCGGGCUAUCCGACUCAGAAUAUUGGCCGGAGUGAAAGCGCCAAGUUUGGAUAUGGAUUGCAAAGCCUGGACACGAUUAGGCAGCGUGAAAAGGACUUCUUCGAUUUUCUAGACAGUGAGCUUGAUAAAGUGGAAACUUUCUACCGCCAGAAGGAAGAGCAAGCCGGACAGCGUUUAGCAACCUUGCGAGAGCAGUUGCACGAGAUGCGAAAUAGGCGCAACCAGGAGUUAGCUGAGAUUAGACAACGAAAGGAGAGGGGAGAGGAUGCGAGUAACCCUAACCCUAAAGGCACUUCAACGGGUAUCACCAACACCUCUCACCAUUGGGUAGACCCGAUUAAGUCCAAGAUAUUCAAACCCGGCGCUAAUUCAAAGGCAUUCUCCAAACUGAAUUUCACCCCGGUGCUUGGUGCCAUGGGGGCAGAGGCUCGAAGAGACUACGUCAAGAAGCCAUCUAGCCAUGACGUGCCAUACAGGACAGCAAAGAGGAAGCUAAAAUUGGCACUUCAGGAGUUCUAUCGGGGACUCGAACUCCUCCAGUCAUAUGCACAGCUCAACCGGACGGCUUUUCGAAAGCUCAACAAGAAAUAUGACAAGGCUGUCAACGCGCGACCACCAUACCGGUAUAUGAAUGAAAAGGUCAACAAGUCGUGGUUCGUCAACAGCAAUACCGUGGAAGAGUACAUCCAUUCCGUCGAGGACCUUUACGCGAGAUAUUUUGAAAAGGGGAACCACAAGAUUGCUACAGGGAAGCUCCAUCGCUUAAAUCGACGACCAGGAGACGAAUCCGCCAUAGCUUUUCGGAAUGGACUAUUUAUCGGUACCGGAACGGUGUUUACCCUGCAAGGUCUUGUAUACGGCUCACAACUCCUAUACGACUCAGACCCUGAAGUGCAACAGCAGACCAGCUAUCUUUUGCAGAUAUAUGGUGGUUAUUUUCUAAUGCUAACUCUAAUGUUUUUAUUUUGUCUCGAUUGUUACAUGUGGACGGCCAACAAAAUCAACUAUCCAUUCAUCUUCGAGUUCGACACGAGACACAACUUGGAUUGGAGACAAUUGUCGAGUCUUCCGAGCUUCUUCCUCUUGCUCUUUGGAGUAUUUUUCUGGAUCAACUUUACCAGAUAUGGGUCAGAGGAGAUGUAUUUAUACUAUCCGGUAAUCUUAAUAGCCAUCACGCUGUUUCUUCUCUUCCUGCCGGCGCCGAUCCUAUGGCAUAGGAGUCGACACUGGCUCGUGUAUUCACAUUAUCGAUUAUUCUUUGCAGGAUUAUACCCCGUCGAGUUUCGUGAUUUCUUUCUUGGCGACAUGUACUGCUCUCUUACCUAUGCUACCUCGAAUAUUGAACUCUUCUUCUGCCUCUAUGCGCAUUCCUGGGAGGACCCAGUUCAAUGUAAUUCCAACAACUCCCGCUUGCUGGGAUUUUUCUCGGCGUUACCACCAGUUUGGCGUGCGUUGCAAUGCAUUCGCCGAUAUCGUGAUACUGGAAAUGUAUUCCCGCACCUUGUCAACGGUGGUAAAUACGGUAUGACUAUCAUGUCAGCGGUGACUCUCUCGAUGUACCGCAUGCAUGCAAAUCAUUCGAAUCUCGGGCUUUUCAUUACCUUUUCUACCAUGAACAGCAUCUACACCUCUAUAUGGGACUUGUUUAUGGAUUUCUCCUUCUUCCAGCCAGAAACACGACACCGCUUUCUACGAGAUAUUCUUGGCCUCAAGCGCCAAUGGCUAUAUUACGUCGUCAUGUUUUUGGACCCCGUGCUACGCUUCAGCUGGAUUUUCUACGCCAUAUUUACGCAUGACAAGCAACACAGCACUAUUGUCUCGUUCCUCGUCGCUAUGGCCGAGAUCACACGCCGUGGCAUGUGGGCUCUGUUUCGCGUUGAAAAUGAGCACUGCGCCAACGUCGCUCAGUACAAGGCUAGCCGCGAUGUUCCCCUCCCGUAUCCUGUCCGUAUCCAUGAGCCACUGGUUGAGCGCCCAAGUGCCGAGGAGGAGGAAAAUCCCCAGCGUACUGGCACUGCCGUCAAGCCUACGCAACAAUCCGUCAUCCCGGCUUCAGUGGCAAUGGCGAGUGCCGUCGAUAUAAGUACGGCGGGCGCCUCAGCCCUCGGCCGCGUGCAAACGGAAAUAUUAACGCAGACACCAACCCAUCCUCAAUCGCAGGAACAGGCCGAUGGAGAAGGAGGCAGUGGUAGUGCCAGUGGAAUGAGAUGGCGACGUAACCCUGAAGUCCUCCGUGCACGCUCGAUCCGUGGCAUUAUGGCCGACGCGCACAAACAGGACUUCGAGAAGCGGCGCCGGCCGCACGAGCCGGAGACCACGGAGAACGUAGAGGAUCUGGUCGAGGAAGAUGAGGUGCCAACAGAGGAGGAAGACGAUGAUGAUGACGAUACUGGUAGCAUGAUUAAUGAACGCAUGGAAGUGCGCAGGGCGGAAAGACUAUAUAAGUCUGAGGCUAGUGAGGGAGGUUUAUGA